AUGUCCCCUCGUCUUGAGUGCUACAGCACCAGAGAGUACAUUGACAUCGAUUGGCACUGCGAGCCCGGCUGUGACGUCAUGGUACUCACCUUCGGGAUAGUCAUUGCUGGUGAUCUAUUGAUGGGAUUAAGCGAAAUACGGAAGGUAUGCGUGAAGAGUUGCAAGAUCGAGCUGCCAGUGAAUGAUGGACUCCGGCUACUGAACAAUCUAUUCGCUGCUGCUCGGCCACAGGCUUUCACCGUCAAAAUAACGGAAUAUCCCUUUGAGGAAGAGGGGUACGAGUCCAAGAAUUGGCGCCAGUUAGUGCAGUGGCCGGUCGCCGCGUUGGACCUUUUGAAGCGGCCCUUCGCUUUCGGCUCGUUCCGUUUUCCAGAUGGUCUGGAGGAAAAGAUCGAAUGGCUCCAGUGGAGUGGACUCGAGGCAAAGACGGCUGUGAUGCUGAUCAACACAAUGAUGCAUGAACAAUACCUUCAUCAAGUGCUGCAGGCAAUGCCGUCCACCCGACAUUUCGUCUUUUCCUUCCACUUCUGCAUCAAGGGCCUCGCUUCGCACGUUGAAUAUACGAUUUAUUGGCUGGAAAAAGCCUGCCAGAAUCGACCACCAGACGGCGUGCGGCGAAUCAUCGAAGUCCAAUUCCAGGUUCCGCCAGGGACGGAUCCUGCCGAAGGCCAGGAGCUGCUCGAAAAGGCCUGUGCUCUACCACCAGACGUCGUCAACGACACGGUCAACCUCUCCGUGCGAAGCGUCGGCGAACGGAAAAUAGCCUAUUAUCCGCUCAUCCAAAAUGCGAAUAGCCCAUUAGCGCCGACCAGCUGGUCCAUUGAUUCACCCGCUUGCGCCCCCCAAAAUGAUUCCGUCGACUGGUAUGAGUAUUUGAUGUAUUGCUAU